UGGAAGAACCAGAAGGUCGUCGCAUGCCUUGACGUUGUGAACACACUCACAUCAUUCAUUGGGUCGUCGUCGUCUUCUUCUUAUUCUUAUCGUACUCCCCAAACCCUCCAACACCACCGACGACAACCUCUCGAAUCUCAAAAGUCUCCCGUUUAGUCAUCUUCUUAUAACAUGAUUGUGUCUUAAACUCGAAGGAUUAUUGUUUUUUCCAACUACUUUUUUUUGUUUUUUUUUUCAAAAAAUUCAACAUGUUUGAAUUUUAAUUCUCAAGGAAAUUCAGAUCAAAGCGAGCGAGAAACGACGCAGCUGCUUCCUCUUCCACAUAUGUAAAAAAAAAGAAAAUACCUGAGAUUCUGAUACUUCAAGACGACGGCUUUUAGCUUAAGCUUCUUCUGCAAGUGCUUUUCUCGAAAGCCCAAAUGCCUUCUUCUUCGUUUCCUCUUCACAAACCCUGCAAAACUACAACCUCCUCCUCCCCUGGUUGUUCUUCUUCUGCUACUUCCUCCGUUCCUGCUCUGAAACAGGACAGUGGUGGGGGCAGCUCCGACCAGAGCCCGCGGCGGCUCACCCGGCAGAGGAAGCUCCGCCACCUCAACAGCCAGGACCUGGGUUCUACCGUCCCUGAAAAAUCUUACUCCUCGCCUACUUCUCCGGAAUAUUCGACCCAGAAGUCAAGAUCGCCGGGUCGCGGGUCCAAGUCAAUCCACUGGUCUUCUGCGCCUGCUGCUCCGCAGCCCUUGCCCCUCCCUGAAUCGCACGUGACCCGGAAACCCGAAUUUGCUAAAGAUGGGUACUUUGGCUGCAGGAAGGUCAAAGGUCACACAACCUCAGGAUCUGCAGCGCCGAGUUCUUAUUCGAGUCAAGUUGCCACAACCUCAGGAGGAUCAGCAGCACCAGCUAGUGCCUAUUCGAACAAUCGUCGAGGGGCACUCUCCCAAGAUGCUAACAGUGGUGGUUUCUUUAAUAACUUUGGUCUGAAUAUUCUUUCUAGGAAAGCUCUGGCGAAUGGUGUAUCAAGCCAUCCGUUUAGCCCCCAAAGAUCGAAAACGGUCGAUAGUUAUCCGAUACUUGUUGCCCCCACUUCACCCGUUAAUUGUUCAAGCAACUGCCAUAGGGGAACGCCGCACGAAUAUGAAACUUGCAACACCAGCAGGAGUGCUCCAACAAGUCCUGCAGUUAGUCCCAGGAGAUCAACUCCCACGGGGGACUUUUUUACUUCUUUUGGGGCUCCCCACGAACAAAAUCAGGACGCCUUUCCUCCAAAAUUAUCCCCAAAUAGACCUGCUCAUAGCCCCAGCCAUUCUCCUACAUCUCGAAGUCCACGCUUCAACCAGAAAAUUUCAAAUGGAAAUGCAUUUCCUUUGCAUUCUUUAGAGAGGGCUGAAAGUAUUAGCCAAGUCAGUGCACACCCCUUGCCUCUGCCACCACAGCAAUCUGUCAUGCAGUACAAUGCAGAAGCUCUAUCCACAUCAUCAAUGAAAGGUCAAUGGCAGAAGGGAAAACUUAUUGGGCGCGGCACCUUUGGUAGUGUUUAUCUCGCAACCAACCGUGAAACCGGGGCCUUAUGUGCAAUGAAGGAAGUUGAUCUCAUCCCUGAUGAUCCUAAAGCUGCUGAAUGUAUAAGGCAAUUGGAGCAGGAAAUCAAAGUCCUCCGCACCCUAAAGCAUCCAAAUAUUGUGCAGUAUUAUGGUAGUGAGAUGACCGAUGAUCACUUCUACAUAUAUUUGGAAUAUGUUCAUCCUGGAUCGAUUAAUAAAUAUGUCCAAGACCAUAUUGGAGUUAUGACAGAAUCUGUAGUUCGCAAUUUUACUCGCCAUAUCCUCUCUGGGUUGGCUUUUUUGCACAACACGAAGACAGUUCACAGGGAUAUAAAGGGUGCAAAUUUGCUUGUUGAUGCGUCAGGCGUUGUUAAACUUGCCGAUUUUGGGAUGGCAAAACUUCUCAAUGGGCAAUCGUACAAUCUUUCUUUGAAGGGCAGUCCAUACUGGAUGGCUCCUGAGGUCAUAAGGGCUGCAAUGCACAACAAUGCUGAUCCUGAUCUUGCUUUGGCUGUUGAUAUAUGGAGCUUGGGUUGUACCGUCAUUGAGAUGUUCAAUGGAAAACCUCCAUGGAGUGACUUUACAGGACCUCAAGCUAUGUUCAAGGUUCUAAACACCAUCCCGGAUAUACCAGAAACAUUGUCUGCAGAGGGAAAGGACUUCCUCCAAUGGUGCUUCCGUAGGAACCCUAUGGAGAGACUAUCAGCUAGUGACCUACUUGAGCAUCCGUUUGUACGAUAUUCACCCGUCAGACCUUUUCAAUCAUAAACCUAAUAGAUAAAUUGCAUAUAUCGAUCCCUCCACACGCUUCUAAUUGAGAGAGGUGGCUUUGCAUCAUUCUUCAUCCUAAACCUCUGAAAUCGGAUGAAAUGGAACCAAAUUUUAUCAAAUUUUAUCUCACGUUCCAUUUGGAAGAAGCCCUUUUCUUCGGGAAUGCCAAUGCGCAGCUCCAGUAGAGAUUUUCCAUUGCUUGGUGUGCCUCUGAUGAAGUUGCAUAAGCUUCACCGGUGAAUCAACUGAGCGGGAUUUGGAAGCUGGUGUCGAGUUGAGGACUUGGAGCUAACACGGCGGGUUCAUAGUCGGGGAGAGGAUCGAUUUUUCCGUGGAGUUAAGAUUAUUAGUAGGGAAAUGCAGAUAGAGACUGUAUACUCACUCACUUAUAACAGGUGAUGGGAGUUGGUCAAUCAUUAAUUUGUAAAUACCAAUUUAUGUGUAUUCUAAAUAAAAACUUCAAAACUUUGUUUCCCAUGUUUGUGAGGAUGUCAAAAGAUAUGUAUCUAAUUUUUAUUUGAUGCCUGUGUAGUUGUGUUUUUUUGUCCAUGUGGGACGCAUACAUAUGGAAAGGAUUCUUUUCAUUAUAUUCACCCAAUAAAUGAAUCUAAAUUUU